UGUCGCAAAGCCUAAAAGAGGCUGGUGUUGAAAAGACUCGAAACAGAGCCCAUUGUGGUGUUGGAGAGGAGUGAGCUGCAGCCGGUGGAGAGAGAAUAAGAAAACGGAGGCGACCACAAAAGCGGACAGAUAUGGACGUCCAUGCACAACACGGAUGUCUUUUGUGAGGACGGGAGGGGGGGUGUGGGGGACCGCACCGCACCGCGUUGUCCAGUCGGAGAGACCCCGGUACACGAAGAGUUAAGACCCGACAUCACAAGUGUUUAUUUCAGCAGCUAGUUAGCAGGCUAGCUGGCUAAGAUACCCAGGAGCUAGACAUGGGAAGCCCCCCCCCAGUGUGUGUGUGUGUGUGUGUGUGUUUGCCUGGUAGGUAAUCUUCCUCGUCGAGUCUAGGUUUUUCCACUUCACACAUGGUCGGCGGCGAUUCAAAGUGUCCGUCGGCCGCCUCGGCAGCAGCAGCAGCAGCAGCAACUUUAAGAAAAGAAUGAGACCAGCUGAGCGCUAAGAGUCUCACUCCUGCACAACCCGGAGAGGACAAAACAAAGUCUCAGAGGCCUGCUGGCUGGAGGUUGUACACAAACGCCAAGAAGGGAGAACAUGACUCACUGGCCCCUACCAGAGACUGGCACGGGGCAGCUGUGCCAACCUCGCCCCUGCCUGCCACUUUAGAAGCCGUCUCCGGUACGCCAUGACGGAGAGGCAUUGAGGUUUGCUCCCUGACGAUCGUCUCAAUACCUCUCCUCCUCCCUGUCCCUCAACAACCCCCGCCGCCCCCCGUCCCCAUCAUGCUGCGCUUCCUGCCUCUCAAACUUGGCCGCCUGUACCGCUGUAUGAAGCUCCUAUUGGUUGUGGGGUUGUUUGUCAUCUUGUUGAUGAACACCCACAGCCUGUUUGCCUCCUUCCAGAAGAACGAGCUCACCGACAGACGCUUCAUCAACCUCAACAAGUGUCCCGCCUGCUUUGGCACCAGCUGGUGCCGCAAGUUCAUGAACGGCCAGGUUUCCUUUGAAACCUGGGGUCGCCUGCGAUUCCUGGACGUUUUCAAUGUCAAGAACGUUUACUUUGCUCAGUACGGGGAGCCCAGGGAGGGCACCCGUCGCGUGGUGCUCAAAAGACUGGGCUCCAACCAGGAGCUGGCCGAGAUAGACCAGAAGAUCUGCAAGAGGGCCACGGGGAGGCCGCGCUGCGACCUCAUCCAGGCCAUGUACAAGACCGAAUUCGCCCGGAUCAACGGCGAUGUCCGUCUGCUCACUCCAGAGGUGGUGGAGGGCUGGUCAGAUCUGGUGCACUGCCCCUCCCAGAGGCUGCUGGACCGCGUGGUCCGCAGGUACGCCGAGACCAAAGACUCAGGCAGCUUCCUGCUCAAGAACCUCAAAGACACGGAGAGAAUGCAGCUGCUCAUGACCUUGGCAUUCAACCCGGAACCACUCGUGUUACAGAGCUUUCCGUCAGAUGAAGGGUGGCCGUUCGCCAAGUACCUGGGAGCGUGUGGGCGCAUGGUGGCUGUCAACUACGUGGGCGAGGAGCUGUGGAGCUUCUACAACGCACCCUGGGAGAAGAGGGUAGACUUGGCACGCCAGCUCAUGGACAUCGCCGAGCAGCUCACCAACAACGACUUUGAGUUCGCCCUCUACCUGCUCGACGUCAGCUUCGAUAACUUUGCGGUCGGCCCGCGCGACGGAAAGGUCAUCGUCGUCGAUGCCGAGAAUGUCCUCGUGGCGGACAAAAGGCUGAUCAAGCAGAACAAGCCGGAGAGCUACGACGUGUGGUACGAGAGCCGCUUUGAGGAGUGCGACAGGGAGGCCUGCCUGUCUUUCUCCAAGGACUCCCUCUGCUCAAGGGUCACGGUGGACCACAACUACUAUGCCGUGUGCCAGAACCUGCUGUCGCGGUACGCUACAUGGCGGGGCACCACCGGAGGCCUCCUCCACGACCCCCCUGCCCAUAUAGCCAAAGACGGUCAACUCAUGACCCUGUUGGACGAGUGCACCAAACCCAAAAAGCGUUACGGCCGCUUUCAGGCGGCCAAGGAACUGCGCGAAUACCUUACACAGCUAGCUGCCGCCUCCUCCUCCGCCACGGCCAGGUAAUGAACGGAGUCGGCGUUGGCCUGACGCACUGAGAGACUGGAUCCUGUACUCUUUAUCUUCGAAAAAAACUCUUGAGACCCUGGUUCUUGUACAUGAUGUCAUUUGCUCCUCGUUGCCCACCGGAGCAGGGGGGGGGUUAGAGGUCUUGCAUCAGAAAGUGUAAGACUCAAACCUUCAAAGCAGAUUUGUUAAAGCUCUAGCUGUUAACCUGUCUUUGCUCUUGUGAGAAAGAGGAGCGUGUCGCUAAGAGAUUCUGCUUAGAACCAGGAUAGAGAAGUGAUAGAGGUAAGCGCUCUUCUCCCAGGGUGGGCUGCCAUCCUUGGGGGGGGGGGAGAGGGCUCUGGUAAACGCCUCCUGCACUGGACUCAUGCUACCACAAACCAGAGAGCAUCCAAGCAACAAGAGCCGCAAAGUCACACAGCCCUGACCCCUCCCCCCCCCCCAAUCCAUCCUCCUCAAUCCAUCAGAACUGUUGUUGUGUUUUAUAAAACAUUAAAUCGUAACACCUGUUUCAUUUCGCCCCCAGGAUUUCGUGUUAUUUUUUUUUAUCUUAUUCAGGGCUGAAUUUAAGUACAUUGGUGCGUUUACAUUUUUUUGCUGUGCCAUGGCUUAUUUUACUGUAGCAUGGCUGCAGGGAAGGCGGAGGUAGCAUGAAUCUCCUACUGUCAGGCAGCAGGGAAGGCCGAGCCACAGCAGGUAUUGAGGAGAGGUGGGGG